AUGGCUCUCAGAGUGUUCGCGUCGCAGGCCGCCACAUCCCUGAGGGUUCGUUGCCUUCCAGCGACAGACAGCCUCAUUGCUCCCUUCUGGCGAUCAUUCGCUUCUGCUGCAGAGAACCGGAAGUAUUUGAAAUCACAUGAAUGGGUCGAAGUGAACGGCGAGGUCGGAACAGUCGGCAUCUCAGAUUUCGCCCAAAAUGAGUUGGGAGAGCUCGUGUUCGUGGACAUGCCAAAGGCCGGCACGCAGGUCAGCAAGGGACAAACGUUCGGCGUGGUGGAGAGCGUGAAGGCCGCCAGUGACGUGUACUCGCCCGUCACUGGAGAGGUUGUUGAGACGAACGAGGAGCUCGGCAGCAACCCUGCCCUGGUGAAUACCUCUCCCUUUGCUGAUGGGUGGAUCAUGAAGGUGAAGAUUGCCAACCCCGCAGAGCUGAACGACUUGCUUGAUGAUGACGCUUACAACAAGCACUGCGAGGCUUCAGCACACUAA